CUGUCUUGGCGAAAGGAAAAAUGUCUUCUUUAGAGUCAGGCUUUUCUAGCUGUCUCGUAGUGUUGCUACCUAUGACUGCUCUCGGGGGCGGGGGGGUGGGGGCCAUGGGGACGGCUGGGGUUUUCAUUAUUUGUCUCCAGCUUAUCCUCCAUUCUCUGAGAAUCCCUGUGACAUGGUGGAAUGUGGAAAGGGAACAUGCAAAUCAAAUGCCACUUUUCCGUACAACUAUGUCUGUGAAUGUGAACCUGGUUGGAAGAGAGCUGAGGAUGAUGAUGACAUAUACGAUUUUGAUUUUAAAAGAUCUCGUCACUUUUUCCUCCCCUGCAUAAUUCCAAACUGUACUCUUAACUAUGGUACCUGCCAGCCAGCUCCACCACCAGUUCCUGAGAAAACAUUUCCUACCAAUUUUUCUACCUUUGACCCUUGCAAUUGGGUCUACUGUGGAGAAGGCACAUGCAAAAAGACGACCACUUACAAACACACAUGUGAAUGCAAUCCUGGGUUCUCUAAUCUUCUCAACAUAUCUUAUUAUCCAUGCUACAGCAACUGUACACUGGGAUCUGAUUGUUCGGCUCUCGGGAUUACAGCUUCAAAUGAUCAAACAAGUGCAAAUCACGGUACCUCACUUCUACCGGGAAAGUUCCAUUUGAUGACCAUAUUGAUGAUGUUCAUUGCUAUGGCUCUGUGGAAGUAGGAUACAAUCUGAUGGGUCAGAUCUAGGCUACCAGACUCUAGUCUCUUCGUGGAGACUUUACCAUACUAGGAUAUAUUCAUUUGGUGCAUCGUUCUUUUAAUUCUUCAUGCGUAUUCUUGUUUAUAAAUUCAGUUUGAAUAAAUAAGUCAGGUACUGGCCUAGAUGGAGAACGAUUGUUGUAUACAGAACACUAUAGAAUUAGAGUUUUAAGUAUAUAUGAUUGUUUUGUUUAUGUAUCAUAUCAUUAAUGAUUGUUUUGUUUAUGUAUCA